UUGAGAAAAUUUUUAUUCUGAGUUAAUUUUUUUUUUUACUUUUCUCUUGAUUUUUUUUAAUUCUUUCAAAUUGAUUUAAAUUUGUUUUGAUAUUUUGUUACAUUAAUAGUUGAAAGUUGUGAUGACGGAAGGUGAAUGUUUAACAGCCGCUGGUUCAUCGGUUGGACAGCGACUUCUAAUUGACUUUAAACGUUUAUUAAACAAAUGUAUGGAAAUGGUUAAUCACUCAAAUGAAGAUUACCGUUGGCGUUUGGAAUCUUAUUUAAUUGCUUUGGAAGAGAAAUUGGGUGAACUUCGCCGAAUGGAUAUUCUUAAAUCUGAUCAAGACGAAUUAGCUGAAUAUAUUCGUAAUGUUAAAUUCUUAAAAGGUCUAAUUGACUUGGAUAAACUGAAAAGUUCUUCACAAAAAUUACUCGCCUGUCAAAUAUUAUCACCAGUUCCUUCAACCGCUACAACUGAAUCAACAUAAAACAAGGAAAUUGGAAUCAAAUCAAAAGCAAAAUAUACUGAAGAAGUGAGAAAUGAACUACUGAAUGGCGACCAGGAGACAAAUGAUGGUUUAAGGAAUCGAUUUGUGUUGAAAAAAGAUGAGCCCAACAAAACGAGUGAAGGUAAACAAGAUGAAUCGGCGAUUCUUGGUGAGACCAUGUUGAUUCAGGCCGAAGCGGCAGCCGAUAUGCUUGAUUUUACCAAGAAUUUGAAAGAAUUUGCAAUCAAAUCUAGUCAAGUGAUUCGCAAAGAUUGUGAGACAAUCGAAUCGGCGACUAAUGUUGCCGAUGUAAAUUCUUCCGGAUUAAAGAAAAGUUCUGAUCGUUUAAGUGAAUUCGUCCGUCGAUCUUGUCAACUGUGGAUUUGGAUCAUGUUGGGAUUAACUGCUUUCGCUUUCCUUUGGAUGGUUUUGUUUAUGAAAAUUUUCACCAAAAAGUUCAAUUAUCCGGAAAGUUUAGUAUGAACAAUAGUUGAGAUUAAAAAAGGAAAGAUGUAAACAAAAUGCUCUUAUUUUUUUUUGUUUUAUCCUUUUUGUAAUAAUAUAAUUUUAUUAUCAGACGA